AUGAAGUUUUUGGCGAUCUUAAAAAUCGCAAACUCAGCCCACCGCACGUUUCUCGUGGCUCCUGUGGUCGCCCUCCUUCCCGGCCAACUCAAAACAGACACAGACCAGGACGAAACCACACGCAGACGACCUUUCCUGUGCCGGGAGUCACUGAGUGGCCAGGCCGUGGGACGGCCUCUUGUCGCCUCCGUGGGCCUCAAUGUUCCUGCUUCUGUUCGUUACUCCCAUACAGAUGUCAGAGUACCCGACUUCUCCGACUAUCGUCGUGCCGAAGUUUUAGAUAGUACAAAGUCUUCCAAAGAGAGCAGUGAGGUUAGAAAAGGCUUCUCAUAUUUGGUAACUGCAACAGCUACUGUGGGUGUUGCGUAUGCUGCCAAGAAUGUCGUCUCCCAGUUUGUUUCCAGCAUGAGUGCUUCUGCUGAUGUAUUGGCCAUGUCGAAGAUUGAAAUCAAGCUGUCUGAUAUUCCAGAAGGCAAAAACAUGGCUUUCAAGUGGAGAGGCAAACCUCUGUUUGUGCGCCAUAGAACCCAGAAGGAAAUUGAUCAAGAAGCUGCAGUCGAAGUGUCCCAGUUGAGGGACCCGCAGCAUGAUUUAGAACGAGUAAAGAAACCUGAAUGGGUUAUCCUGAUAGGUGUGUGUACUCAUCUUGGUUGUGUGCCCAUUGCAAAUGCAGGAGAUUUUGGAGGUUAUUACUGCCCUUGCCAUGGGUCACACUACGAUGCCUCUGGCAGGAUCAGGAAGGGGCCUGCACCUCUCAACCUUGAAGUUCCCACAUAUGAGUUCACCAGUGAUGAUUUAGUGAUUGUUGGUUAGAGACUUGGACUCAAGUCCUAGGCUUCUUUCAGUCUUCAUGUCUCCUCAGAAGAAGAGUUGAGAGCAAGCUGUCUGUACUUCAAGUUGGUUACUUUGAAACAUUUAAAAAUUGUUAAUUAUUUGCACACAUUAAUGUGAAGUGAAUUUAAUGUGGAAAUCUUUCAAACAUUCACUUAAUAAAGCCACUGCUAAACAUUGAUAAGCUCAGUCAUAGUCUUAAAAGGUACAAUGUCUUUGAUAACCUAAUUCUAAUUAAAAGUUACAGACUGUUGUACAAGAUUUUUUGGAAAUCUAUAAUUGACUUUCUCAUUUACUUUCUUGUCCAAAUAUUUGUUUCCUGCUGUAUGUCAAGGCACAGAUUCUUCAGAGCUUCUUGUUAGGAUGGGUAACAUUAGCUGGUCAUCUCCAAAGCAGUUUAUGUCUUUUUCGACAGAAUUUAGCAAAUGUCCUAUGUUCUCUUGCACUGUGAUCUUUGUGAUAAUGUUGAUUGUAAUCUAUGGGAAAGAGUGUUGCAGAGGUAUUGGCACCUCUGAGGGUUUUCCUUCAGGUAUGGUUAGCUGUUUUUUUUUGGGGGGGUGGCAUCCUAUAAGGGAGUGUGCAGUACUUAGAAUUCUUUAAUUUCAAGAAACAGUGAUGGGGUAAUGAUUUAGAGAAGCUUUCCAAAACGGGAGUGCUUCUCUGUUAUUUCCUUCAUUUGGCUUGGGGGUGUUCAUGUCCCUAAUACUCCUGUGUCUACCCUAUCAAGAGGCAGAACGGAGCAUCUGAGACUUUAUACUGUCUUGUAACAAAUGACCCUGCUGGUUUCAUUUGUAGUGGUUACAUUUUCAUGUGUUUCUUCCGGUUAGCUUUGCAGAAUUCAUCAUUUCACUGUGAGGAGGUGGGAUUUGAGCACAUCAGCAUUGACAUUUUAUGUCCUUCUGCCUCCAGUCUAGACCUGGCCUCAAACAGUUAACACAGGUGAAACAGGACUGAGGUGUGAUAUUCCCCUUGGGAGGAGGAGUGGGCUUUGCCGUUUGUAGAACAUCACAGCUACUUUUUGAUAGAUUGGCUUGGGUUGUUGGGAGGUUGGUCAGUAACAUAUGCACUGUACAAAAUCUGCAUGCACACUUGUAAAAUAGCAAAUGAGUUUAAGGCUGUCCAAAGGGGAUUUACUAUGGAGAGUUCCAUUAUUUAAUGUUAGCAGCUAAGUGUUUGUAUCAAAAAAAUAAAUACCAAAAUUUCUGUUAAUCAUUCUAAAA